AUGGAGCCACGCAGCCGCUCUGGGAAGAGCAGAAAGUCCGCAAAGUUCCGGUCCAUCUCUCGGUCCCUGAUCCUCUGUCACGCCAAGACCAGUGACGACGGCUCCAGCCCCGACGAGAAGUACCCGGAUCCCUUCGAGAUCUGCCUGGCCCAGGGCAAGGAGGGAAUUUUCCACUCGUCCGUGCAGCUGGCGGACACGUCGGAGGCCGGGCCCGGUGGCAUCCCUGACCUGGCGCUGGCCGCUGAGGCCGCGCAACUCCAGGCGGCCGGGAGUGACCGAGGCAAGACCUGCAGGCGGCUGCUCUUCCUGAAGGAAUCUUCCACAACUUCCUCUCGAGAAAAGUCUGGAAAACUGGAAGCGCCAAGCAGUACCUUCCUGUUUCCUAAAGCCUGCCACCAGAGGACACGCAGCAACUCCACCAGUGUUAACCCCUACUGCACAGGAGAAACUGACUUUCCAACGACCCAGACGUCUGCGGCUUCCGCGGACAGGCAGCCGUACUCGCUCUGCAGCAGCAGGAAGUCGCUCUCCCAGCAACUGGACUGCCCGGCGGGGAAGACUUCGGGCCUGGGCUUCAGCAUCGUUGGGGGAAAGGACAGCAUUUAUGGUCCCAUUGGGAUUUACGUCAAAACCAUCUUUGCAGGGGGCGCGGCGGCCGCCGACGGGAGGCUACAAGAAGGUAGAUUUCCCAGCCCUGCUCGGACCGCGGUGGAGGAGUCGGAAGCAGGAUCCGGAAUGGGCCUGGGCUUCAGCAUCGUUGGGGGAAAGGACAGCAUUUAUGGUCCCAUUGGGAUUUACGUCAAAACCAUCUUUGCAGGGGGCGCGGCGGCGGCCGACGGGAGGCUACAAGAAGGUGAUGAAAUUCUGGAACUCAAUGGUGAAUCGAUGUCUGGGCUAACACAUCAGGACGCUUUGCAGAAGUUCAAGCAAGCCAAGAAGGGGCUCCUCACCCUCACCGUGAGGACCCGCCUGACGUCACCGCCGCCCCUGUGCAGCCCCCUGUCUCCCCCGCUGUGCCGCUCUCUGAGCUCCAGCACCUGUGUCACCAAGGACGGCAGCUGCUUCGCCUCCGAGAGCCCCCCGGCGCCCGCCGGCGCCGCCAAGCCCAACUACAGGAUCGUGGUGGAGGUUUCCCUGCAGAAAGAGGCUGGCGUGGGCCUGGGCAUCGGCCUGUGCAGCGUCCCCUACGUCCAGUGCAUCUCGGGCAUCUUCGUGCACACGCUGUCCCCGGGCUCUGUGGCGCAUCUGGACGGACGACUCCGGUGUGGCGAUGAGAUCGUGGAAAUCAACGACUCCCCUGUGCAUUGCAUGACGCUCAACGAUGUCUAUGCGAUCCUGAGUCACUGUGACCCCGGUCCGGUCCCCAUCACCGUCAGCCGCCACCCAGACCCACAGGUCUCUGAACAGCAACUCAAAGAAGCCGUGGCCCAGGCUGUGGAGAACAUCAGGUUUGGAAAGGAGAGGCAUCAGUGGAGUCUGGAAGGUGCCAAGAGGCUGGAGAGCAGCUGGCACGGGCGGCCCACCUCGGAGAAGGAGCGAGAGAAGAACUCGGCGCCCCCACAUCGCAGAGCCCAGAAGAUCAUGGUCCGCUCCAGCAGUGACAGCAGCUACGUGUCCGGGUCCCCGGGGGGGAGUCCCAGCAGUGGCGGCGCUGAGCCGCGGCCCUCUGACCUGGCAGCUGGCAGGCACGGCCCCAGCCCGCCCCCGGGGCGGGAGCCAGGGCUGCUUCCCUCCAGGCCGCCCCAGGAGAGCCCACCCCUGCCCGAGAGCCGGGACGGCCACCCGCCGCUGAGACUGAAGAAAUCCUUCGAGAUUUUGGUGAGGAAGCCCACAUCCUCCAAGCCCAAGCCUCCGCCCAGAAAAUACUUUAAAAGUGACAGUGACCCUCAGAAGAGUCUGGAAGAGAGAGGGAACUCUCUAUGCCCUUCUGGGCACAGCCCGCCCACCUGCGGCCAGGAAGCCAGAGAGCUGCUGCCACUGCUGUCGCCACAGGAAGACACAGCGGGGACAGCCCCUCACGCCGCUGCAGGCUGCCCAGGACCGGUCAGCCCACAGACCGCGUCCUCCACGGAGGGCGAGCCAGCGCGCAGAAGAGCCAGCCCGGGGACCCAAACGUCCCCACUGAAACACCCGCUGCUCAAGAGGCAGGCUCGGAUGGACUGUAGCUUUGACACCACAGCCGAAGACCCCUGGAUUAGAAUUUCCGACUGCAUCAAAAACUUAUUUAGUCCCAUGAUGAGCGACAACCAUGGCCACGUGCCGCUACAGCCCAGCGUCAGCCUGGGCGAAGCAGAUGGGACGCGGGGCCACCCGGAUGGGACCCCGCUGAAGCUCGACGCGGCCAACGGAGCUCCCAAAGUCUACAAGUCGGCCGACAGCGGCGCUGGGAAGAAGGGUCCUCCCGUGGCCCCCAAGCCAGCCUGGUUUCGUCAAAGCCUGAAGGGUUUGAGGAGUCGUGCUCCAGACCCGAGAAGGCUGCCCGAGGCGGCCCCGUCCACCCAGCCGACACCUGCUCCCAGGGAGCCGCCAGGGCCGCGCGCGCCGGCCUGCUCCUCCAUCAAGCAGAGAAUCAGUUCCUUCGAAACCUUCGGCUCCUCUCAGCUGCCUGACAAAGGAGCCCAGAGACGGAGCCUCCAGCCCUCGGCCGGAGAUGCAGCGAAGGCUCCCAGCGGGCAGGAGGGAGGGCGGUUUUCUCGCUUCUUGGGGCGGGGGGCUCCCCCGACUCCUGAGCGCCAGCAGCCGGAGCGAGAGCCCCUGCCCCGGGGGUCCCCUGCAGCCUCGGAGGCCGGAGACCCGGGUGUGCCUGAGUCCCCUCCCCCAGGCCGGCAGCCCAGCCAGAAAGUCCUCCCCUCGGACCCGGACCCGGACCCUCUCUUGAGGCUGCUGUCGGCACAGCUGGAGGACGCUCGAGCCCCCGUCCUCAAGAUGCCCAGCCAGCGCGCGCGGAGCUUCCCCCUGACCAGGUCCCAUUCCUGCGAGACGCGGCCGCUGGACGAGAAGACCAGCAAACUCUACUCCAUCAGCAGCCGAGUGUCAUCCGCCGUCAUGAAAUCCUUGCUGUGCCUUCCCGCCUCAGUCUCCUGUGGCCAGUCGCCCUGCGGCCCCAAGGAAGGGCUGCCCCCAACGCCGCCGUCCCACGAAGACCCCGCUGCAAACGGUUCUGCUGAAGCCCCGGCCUCGGACACGGGGUUCUCGCUCAACCUGUCCGAGCUGAGGGAGUACACCGAGGGUCUCGCUGAGCCCAAGGAAGCCGACGGCGGGGACCCCUGCCCUCCGCAGCCUGGCCAGUCGGUCAUCUCCAUGCUGAGCUCCGAGGAGCUAAAAAAACUUAUCGAGGAGGUGAAGGUUCUGGACGAGGCGACGUUGAAGCAACUAGACAGCAUCCACGUCACCAUCCUGCACAAGGAGGAAGGUGCUGGCCUCGGGUUCAGCCUGGCGGGAGGAGCGGACCUGGAAAACAAAGUGAUCACGGUUCACCGGGUGUUUCCCAACGGCUUGGCCUCGCAGGAAGGGACCAUCCAGAAGGGCAGCGAGGUGCUUUCCAUCAACGGCAAGUCCCUCAAGGGGACCACGCACAACGACGCCCUGGCCAUCCUCCGGCAAGCUCGAGACCCGAGGCAAGCGGUGAUCGUCACGAGGAAGCUGGCUGCGGAGGCCACGCCUGACCUGAGCUCCUCCGGCGACUCUGCGGCCUUGGCCUCCGCGGCCAGUGACGUGGACGUGUCUGUAGACUCUAAGGCCACGGUCUGCACGGUGACCCUGGAGAAGACCUCUGCAGGGCUGGGCUUCAGCCUGGAAGGAGGGAAGGGCUCCCUGCUCGGAGACAAGCCCCUCACCGUGAACAGGAUUUUCAAAGGAGCAGCCUCGGAACAGAAUGAGACGGUCCAGCCAGGAGACGAAAUCUUGCACGUGGCUGGCACUGCCACGCAGGGCCUCACCCGGUUCGAAGCCUGGAACAUCAUCAAGGGAUUGCCCGAUGGGCCCGUCACGCUCGUCAUCAGGAGGACGGGCCUCCAGUCCAAGGGGACCACAGCCGCUGGAGACCCCUAGGCAGGACACCAGGCUGAAGCCAGAGCCGACAGCACGCGGCUCCCGUAACUGCGGAUUCUCAGGGUCUCUGCCCGCCCCACCCGGAGGGGGAAGCACAGGGCGCUUUCCCGUGGCUGCUGCCCAGGCCUAGGGCUUCUGGGACACCACCCAGCAAGAGGGUUGUCCCAAAAGUAAGGGCAGAGUCACACUGGGGUCUCUGACACAAACUGUAGACUGUGUAUAGAGAGAGCUUGA